AUGAGACCCCAAAUCAACGUGGAAUCCGAAAGCGACCCUAUGAACGUGGAAGCCGAAAUAAAAAGGAAACGAUCGAAUGCACAUGAGAUUAGUGAUCACACUGUGAUACAAAUCGUCAAGAUGGACAACAAUCUAUGUCCACCCGUUGCUACCGCACCUAUCAGUGAAGACUGCGAUAGUACAAGAAAAAAAAUGCGGGAGCAGCUGAGUAGACUGACACGGCAGCAACACAAACUUAUCACCGAGACAUUUAAACUAAUAGACAUCGACCCGGUGAAAAGCGCCCUCCGAAUGCUUCUAAAACUAUUCGCCGAACACCCUCAAUAUAAACAGAUUUGGCCGCAAUUUCGACAAAUACCUGACUCUUCUCUUAUGAAUGCAGUUCAACUCAGAAGACACGCCACAGUCUACAUGGCCGGAUUGCGCAAUAUAAUUUAUUCGAUGUCAAACGAGGAUGAACUGACCUUGCAAAUGAUCCGAAUCGCCAAGGCUCAUAAGAAAUGGAAUAUACACCGCAGACAUGUCAUGACCAUGCUUCAGCCGUUACUUGAAACACUGCAAGAAUCGAAUAAUGGACAAAUGGACGAACAACUGAAAACAGCAUGGACCACAUUCUUUGAUGUCAUCGCAGAUUUCAUUGAAAUCUACAGAAAUUAA